UUUGUGAAUCCAAAAAUGGGAAGCACCUUUUUUAACAAGCUUUUAUUGAUUGCUGGCUUCGCCAGCUUAGCCCACGCCGCCUUCUCGGCAGCACACCAUCGCACGUACUUGCGCCUUACAGAGCAGGAAUGGAAUAGUUUGCCAUUGGAUAUUAUUCUGCAGACCGUCAUCAGUCUGGUGGUGGUUGUGUACAACAUCAUUGAGGUUGUGGGCCACUUCAAGGAGAUUCGUGCCACUGUGGACAUGCAGCAAAAGACUUGGGAUACAUUGGGCAACUUCCCAUCAUUCUACUCGUUUAAUCACCGCGGACGUGCUUUGAAUCCGGGCUACACGCCAUCCGAAAAGGUCCAAUAGGAGCCGCCGCAGCAUGGAAUGGAAACGCUGCCAGCUCUUUUAUUAGUUCAGUUUCGUGCAGUUACAAUAUAAAUUAUGCUAAACAAUGA